AUCCUGGCUUGCAAAAUCUCCCCACUCUAACCAGUCUGAGGGACAGGUCUUCCUAGACUACUCUAGAGACUCUAUGGUUCCAUGACUUCCUCCAGGAACCCAGAGGAAGAGCACCUUCGCAGUCCUUUCCCUCUUACUCCCCCACCAGCUCUGCGGGAUGAGUACUACCCUUUUGGGGAUGAGGGCCAGCCCCCCUUUGGCGGGGAUGCUGCUGCGGCUGGAGCCGCAGGGGAAGGGGAUCCCGAAGACACGGAUCUGGGGGUGCUGCUUCAGAGAAAAGAACAGGACUUGUUGUUGGCAGCAGAAUUGGGAAAGAUGCUCCUGGAACGUAACGAGGAACUGGAACGACGCUAUGAUGAACUGAUGAAGGAACAUUUGGAAGUCAAAGAGCAUCUUGAACAAGAGAAACAUGAACUCCGGCGACACCUCGAAUCAGGCCGGGCAGAAUUUGAGACCCGGACGGCAGAGCUGGAGGCUGACUUGGUGGCCGCCCGAGCCCAGCUGGGGCAGAAGCGUCUGGAACAGCAGGACACCAGUCGAGAGAGCUCACAGGCGGUCUUGGACCUUUCAGAGCAGAAUCAACGUCUGGUGGAACAGCUCAGUCAGGUCACUCACUUGGAGCAGCAGCUCCAGGAAGAUCUGGCUGUAUUACGUGCAGAACAUCGGACCCUGAGCCUUUGCAAUGCUGAGCAUGCUGCACGGAUGCAAAGUCUGCAAGCUGAGAAUCAUCUGCUUCAAGAGCGGAAGCAAGACAUGGAGAAACAGAUCCGUCGGCUUCGGGAGGAGAACGAAUCCAUCCAGGUGCUGGUGGACACGUUACACGACAACCUCCUCCUUCUCCGCAAAGAGAGCCGUGAAAAGCAGCUGCGGUUCAAACAGGUAGAAGCGGAAGCUGAGGAACUCCGGACCGCCAAUAGGCGCCUCCAGCAUCAGGUCAAAGAUUUGAAAGAGGAGGUCCGCCUUCAUGAGUUAGAUACCUCUGUUACUUCCAUCCAAUCUGAGAUUGAAAGCAGUUUAGGCGAUGCUCCAGGAGCCCCUGGACAGACACCAAAGUCAAUCACCCACGGCAUCCACAAGACUGGUUCCACUCCAAAGAAGGCCUCUCCAAGACCGGAGGAGAACAUCUCUGAAUACACCAAAAGGGUUUCGGCCUUGAGCUAUCAGCAGCAAGACAUCCUGGCCCAGAAAGAAAUAGAGAUUGCGAAACUCCACGAUCAGGUGACCUUGCAACACGUGGAGCUCAGCGGUUUGAAGUCUGAGAUAGAGAAUCAGAGGCGGCUGUACCAAGAAAGCAAUCGGGACAAGGCCUUGAAGUUAGCCGUAGCAGACCGGGAUGAGGCUAUAUUCAAGAAAGGUGAAAUAGAAUUGGAAUUGGCAAAAAUCUCCCUGGAACGAGAUUCGCUGAGCCAACAGUUGCUGCGUGUCAUUCGACAGAAGAUGGCACUUACUCAGGAGCUGGAAGCUUGGCAAGAUGAUAUUCAGUAUAUUAUUCACCAGCAACUUCUCCAGAAACAGCGGGAAGAACGCCAUUGCCUCACCCCGCCACCAAAGCCACCGACACAAGGCAAGGGUCCUGAAUUAUUUCGGGCUGGUGCCAGCAUUCCCAGUGGCACAGGCUUCUUCUCAUUCUUCCGGAAAAGCUGAAUUGUUGAAGGUGUGGAACUUCUAACAUGGCUGAAGGCAGGAUAGUGGGCGAAGGGAAUGCAAAGGCUGGACUGGAUGAUAAGAGACGCAG